CAGAAGUUAUAUCGUCCCAGGCUCUUUCCUCAACGCUCCCACCCCCUAGCCUCCGACCGCAAAAGAAAACCCUGGGGAAGAUAUUCCGGUUUUUUCGACUGUUUUUUUUUAACACAAUAUUCUCACUUUAAACUUUAUUUAACUAGACUUGGAGAUGAUGACGACGGCGCAGCGGAGACUGGUGUCACGGAGACAACAAGAGUGGCCACUUUUUACCCUCAUCCUACCAACGACAAAAUAAAGUUUUGGGAUCUACCUGGUAUAGGUGCGUACCAGAUUUUGGUUGUAAUACCGAACUUCGACAAGCCGCGCGGGACGUUAAUGCGUAUGAGGAGGGACGGUUGUAUACGAGGCCUGGUAUAGCGCUACCAUCGGAUACCAAUUUUUUUCAACAGUUGUAAUUAUGCUUGAAACCGACUUAAAACUAUGGACAUGGCCCUCACAAUUAUUUGUAUAUACUAAAAUCUAGUCAAUUUUUCUAUAGGUACACCAAACUACCCAGACCUUGAAACCUACGUCGAAAAAGUCGAACUGGAGAAGUACGACACCUUUCUUAUCCUGACCAUGAAGCGUUUCACCGAAAACGACCGUUUGCUGGCCGAAAAAGUGAAAUCACUCAACAAGUCGUUCUUUUUCAUACGCACACAUAUCGAUGUAGACUACGGAAGCCAAAGGCGAAAGAAAUCGUUCGACGAACAAGCUAUGCUUCAAACAAUUAGGAAAGAUUGUUUGGAAAAUUUGAAAGGCUCAGAAGCCGGAGAUAACACGGUGUUCCUGAUCAGCAACCUUUACCCGGCCAAGUGGGACUUCGCUCGUCUCACACAGUCCAUCCUUGAUGUCCUGCCGUACCGUCAAAGAGAGUGCCUCACGUUGUCGCUUGGUGUGUUGACGAGCCUGUCAACGGAUAUGUUGAAAAGAAAAGCUGAACUCCUACGAGGUAAAUACGAGAAGCGCACAGGUUGAUUCAGCAAGCUGGUGUCACGGCAGAUUGUUUAACAUGCCAUUCGCCAAUGCUUAACAAAUCAUUACAAGGUUGAUAAGUAAAAUAACUGGAACGUUACCCUCAGCUAAACUGGCUGUCUUUUUCUUGAAGCCAAAUCUGUCUGGGAGUCAAUAGCCGCAUGUUUAUACCACGCAAUUCUCUCGCGAGACCAGUUCAGGGAGCGAGCAUGCCGUUAUAUAAAGAAAAACUAAAAGUGAGGCGUAGGACUGAAGUUUUACCUGAAUAAAUGCAUUGAAAAACUAAGAGUAAAGUCUACUAUUAUGUUUUACCUCAAUAAAUGCAUUAAAAGAAAGUUUUCAGCGCUUUUAGUAAAAACGAUUUUGUGAAUUUUAAGCCAUUUUUCAAAAUACAUAUUUAUGUUGACGAAUUGACCGUGCUGUUCACAUGCGUGAAAAGACUGGGACUGGCCUUCAAGUUUGGCUACAAAUUUCCAGUUGGAGGUAUAGCGUUCCAGUUGUAUUCAUUUCACUGAUCAGAUGAACUGGCCCCAAUACCGUUCCUUGCAGCUCAGCAUAUAUCGUCGCAGAAAAAUGUCCACUCUUUUGUGAAACUUGGUUAAUGGUAUCUAAUUAUUAGCUAACAUAUAUGAUGACUGUGUGGUAUGGUAUGGAAUUCUAACAAACUGCUCAUUCUAUAUACGAUGUUGAUAACAGUAAUGCCCCGGGAGUCAAGCCAAUUGUCGGCUCAGCAAAUAUUGCUCGAUCUUCAUUGUUUCUGAGCUACUAGUUUAAAUAACUCUAAUUCAGACCUCUUUAGAUGGCGCUAAUUAACUCUGAAUGGCGCCACACCUAUCCUCGAUCAGGGGAAUUCCUCUUUAAACCUCUGAACCCAGGGUACAACGACCCAGGCAAGCGAAAAAUUGCUUGACCACUGUGGGAAUCGGAGCAGCGAUUUGCUGGUCCUGUGCUCUACGAAAUGAGCUACGAGGUCAAAUAUGCAUGUCAGGGAUUUCCACCAUGGUCAAGAUUUUUUUCAGAUUGUGCGGAGAGAAGCGCCGCCUAAAAUAAUUUACACUACUUCAAAACACAAUCGUUACAUCUUAAGUCCGUUAUAAUUUGUUUCAGGUCGAAUUUGGAUGGUCGCGUCGGCGUCUGCUGUCGCUGCGGCAGUUCCUCUGCCUGGGUUAAGUGUUGCCGUUGAUCUCGCUCUUCUGACAAACGAAGUGAGUUUCUACAAAUCCCAACUUGGCCUUCCUGACGAAAACUCGUACGAAUUUCGAAAAAUGACGCCUGAAAAUCAGGAGAAAGUUCGCAAGUUUUGCGUCAUCAGUGCUUUGCAAAUGGCAUCGUUUCUUGCAACCUAUACAGCUGGGUCGGCAGUUGAAGAAUUUACGCGUUUUAUUCCGUUCGUCGGCCCCGCUAUUGCUGGAAGCAUUUCCUUCUCCUCCACCUAUUAUUUCCUGCAUCAAUGUCUGAAAGAAUUAGAAGGAUCAGCGCUAGAUUUUGUGGAUGAAAUGACCUCAAAAGCCGUCGACGAUUUUGAUAUUGACUAGCUCUAGUCGGGACAAUCUUAUCGUGCGCAAAGAAACUUUGGGUUUAUUACUCCUUACAGUAUCUUUUAGUAGUUGUAGUGUUGAAAUGUCUACUAACGAAUGUGUGCCAUACAAAGCCAAACAGUUGAGAUUAACAACUAGUUAAAUUUGGAUAUGCAGUCUUGUCGUAUAGAAAAAGAACUUUUAGGUUUAUUUGCUGCUGACAAAUCUGGGUAAUAGCUGAGUGAAAGAUAUUAUUCAAAAAAUAAAUGGCGGCUGGAUAAUAAAAGCCUGUAAAAGACGAGCACGUUUUCAAUGGCAAGUUUUAAAUUAAUUGCCAACUGCACAUGUUUACGUACAACAAAUUUCCUGUGACAAGAUUUUGGUUUUAUGGCUGCCAUGCACGGCAGCUAUUUCAACAAUAGAUCGCUGACCAACUGCACACAAGUGCUCAGGUUACUUUGUCAAUUUCUUUGUUGACAAUCAGCAUUAACUUCUUUCAUAUAUAUGACAAGUAUACACUUUCUCAAAAGCUAACAGUAGUAUGCUAGCUUUUGAACAUGUGUAUAUGUCAUCAUCUAGACUUGCUACAAUUCGACCAUAGAGGGUCCGGAAAGGACUUUGGAAAGUCUAUAUGUCAUCUAACAACUUGGUAAUGUUACACACGAGCAAAUAAAACAAUAACCACAUAUGAAACUUGUGAUAGAAACUUGCUUGUCUGUAACCGGCCUAUAAUAAUUACUGUAAGUCAGUGGCAUUGAUUUCUCGAAAUGUAUUUUGUGUCGAAAUAAAAGUCAAAUGGUCUGUCUCUAUCUUUGCAUGAUCUAAUCAAGCUUAGCUCAGCAGACCGCUGUGGGAAAGAGUUCCAUAAUCCAUAUACAUCAAUUGCAAGAAUAGUGAAACCUAUAACUUUAAUAUUGCAUGUGAAAUUAUACAAGCCAUCAUAUGUUUGUUUAAACAGCUGCAUGCCACCAG